GUCAACCCAGGCCAGGGUCACACAGGUCGGCACGGGAAGAAAGUCGUGUCAUCUUAACUCUACCAGUUGCAUAUUACUUUGCAGGGAACACACUCAAGCAAAGGAUAGAGACGUUGGACUAUCCAAGCCAGACGAGCAGUCAAAAUGAGUAGCCAGAAGAUUGGUGUCAUUGGCAGUGGUCUGAUUGGACGUAGCUUUACUAUGCUCUUUGUGAGCGCGGGCUACAAAGUUGUCGUCUUUGACAUUGAGCAAUCCCAGCUUGAAGCCGCCAAGAAAGACAUCUGGAAGCAGCUGGUUGCCCUGGAAAGUCAGGGACUACUUCGAGGGAAGCUGACAAAAGAGCAGCAGUUCGAGAACAUCACGACCACCAGCGACUUAAAAGAGUGCAUUCUGGGAUCUUUCUUCAUUCAAGAAUGCGUCCCAGAGAUCUUGGAGCUGAAGCGCAAAGUUUGGAGAGAAGUGGAUUCACUAAUCGAUGCGCAGACGAUCAUGUCCUCUUCCACCAGUGCGCUCUUGCCGUCUGCUAUCUCCGAGGGGCUGAAACACAAGAACCGUUUCAUUGUUUCACAUCCGACCAACCCACCGUUUUACGCUCCUGCUACUGAGGUGGUCCCUGCGAGCUGGACAGACCCUGAUGUUACAGAACGGACAUUCGCCCUACUGAAAGAAGUGGGCCAGGUUCCUGUGCUCAUCAAGAAGGAGGUUGAUGGAUUUGUUCUGAAUCGUAUCCAGUACGCUAUCAUGGGGGAAUGUUACAGACUCAUCCGGGAUGGUGUUGUGAGUCCACAAGACUGUGACCUGAUCAUGUCACAAGGCCUGGGGGUCCGUUAUGCCUUCAUGGGACCUUUUGAAACCGCUUACUUGAAUGCCGAAGGAAUGUAUAGUUACAGAGACCGCUAUGCCGAUAUGAUUCUUGGCAUUCAGCAAAGCUUCGGACCCCCGGAGCGCAUGGACGGCCCGACGCUGGACCUCAUACAAGAAGACAUCGCCAAGGUGGCGGGGCCCGUGGAAGACAUCGGCACCAGAAGACAAUGGAGAGACAAACGCCUGAUUGCCUUGGCCAAACUGAAGAGAGACAUGGACAAAUCAGAGUAAAGCCGUAUAUAACUAUCAACGUGUUCUAGCAUGGCGUCACAAUCAUCUGUGUGUAUUGAGUGCGUGCAUGACUAUAAGCAUUGACCCACAAAAGACUUAAAGCUGUUGUCAUGUUUAGCUUAUAAGAAUGUUAAAAAUAUGUAUUUUUAUGAAGUCAAUUAAACGGAAUAAAUAUGAA